UUGUAUGCGUAAUGAUUCUCAAAAAGGACACAGAGGAAAUCAGUCAAUGCUAGUCACGGUGACCAGUUGUACUGGAGCCACCUCCGGCUGCAGCCUGUGUCCACACAAGGGAGCGGUGACCAGCGGCGACGAAGAUCCUGACACUCCCGGCUCAUUGGAUGGUUUCUCUCACUGAGACGACCCAGUGCCUGAACUGAUUGGCUAAUGCUUAUCUGUGCAUUAAAACUACUUUCAGGUUCCCUUAUGGGUCUUUGGCGUCCAUUAGCCCUGAGUUGCUAUUAACGUGUGUUAAUCUCUGUGGCUCCGCUUGUGGAUCAUUCUGAAGUUCAGAUGGCGGCCUUUGAACAAUUGCGAGACUUCUACUGGCUGUUCCUGGUGGCAGGAAUGUUACUGGUCUCUUUAAUAAUUGGCUGCAUAUUCCUCUGCAUCAACAAGUACAUCUCCAGGAAAGCAAAAGAGUACAAACCAAAUUUCCUUCAAAAUUCAAACCCCCAGUUUUAUACCCAGAACAGCAAAUACCACCCACAUCAUAUCGAGGAAGACUUACCCCCGCUGCCCCCAAGGAAUAUAAAUCUGCAGCCAUCCUUUCCAAGCUACGAGGAGAUCUCGGUCCCGCCGGAUUACAUCAAAGUGGUGGAGGAGACACCACCACCUCCACCCUACCAACACCAGGAGCCGGUGCAGCAGGCGAAGAGCCCUCUAGCAAGUGACGGAACCUCCAUGGACUCAUACGAUGAUGUGGUGACACCAGGCUACGUCAGCGAGGACUACGACGAUGUGGAAUGAUCCUGGGAUCCUGAAGGCUUUCUCUAGACAAGCCCUCAAUGAUAAAUGAUCGAUCGUGGUUUGGGCCUCAUCACGCUGCAACGAUUUUUCAAGUUUCAACAAUUCUCUAAGGCCCUGUCUGGUGUUUAUAUGGAGAUCUUUCUGGAAAUGGACUCAUGGUUCAUUUCAACAGAGGAUGUAAACUGAAUUAAUAUAUGUAUCAUCUCUCCACACUCUUAACAGAAGAAACUACUACUGCUACAGACUUAAUGUCUUCUGUAUGAUACCAUAUGCUAAUAGCAGAAUAUGGACUUUAUAGCAAAUGCUUUUAAUAUGUAAGAUAAAUUGUAAGUUUUGAAUAUAUGCUUAAAAUAUAUACAAGUUCGAAAAAGUCUUCCCAAGGCUA